AUGCGCAGUACGCGUCCUCAUCUCUUUACCGUGAUAAAAAAUAAUCCUACCUGUUCUUCUGCGCCUGCGCGGCGCUCUGCUCCUCCUUCUCCUGCUCCGAAACGUCAGGUCCGAACACCGGGUCCGGUGAAGCGGCAGCUGUCUCCUCUGAUCACCCACGGAGGUGGAGUGAUGUGCCGGGUGCAGGAACCCGGGGCCAUGCUGCUUGCAGAGCCCGGAGAGGCUAAGGGUUCCCAGUACAUCUCCACCAAUUACAUCGGUGAGUGUGUAAAGAGUGACGAAAGGCUGGAGGUAGAGCAUUACCGCCUGGGGCAGGAGGACAAUUGGUUGAGGAAGCGAACUGGAAAAGGCAAAGGGAAGCAGACUGACAGCGAAUCUGACAAGAAUGGAGAGGACCAUCAAGGAAAUCUAGUCUCAGAGGAUGGAAAUCAUGGAGGAGGGGAUCUAGAAGGGAUUGGGUUUGAGCAGAAUGCAAUAGGCCAAGAAGAAGGAGAAAGUCGUAGGGAUAGUGAAAUAUCACUUAAGAAAGAUGAAGUAGGAUAUAUGAAUGAUGUUCUGGACCAGAACCAUGAGCAACUUGUGAAGGAUGCAGGAAACCAAGUUGAGAAGGAACAGGUGAAGAAAGGUGGAGAUCAGGUAGGUGAGGAACACUCAAAAGAGGGAGACGAUAAGAAAGGUGAGGAACCUUCAAGGGAGGGUGAGGGACACUCAAUGGAGGGAGAAGACCAGAUAGGUGAGGAACAAUCAAUAGUGGUAGAAGACCUGAGAGCUGAUGAACAUGCAGAGGAAGGAGAAGAUAAAAGAGGUGAGGGACACUCAAAGAAGGGAGAAGACCAGAUAGGUGAGGGACACUCAGAGAAUAGAGAAGACCAGAUAGGUGAGGGACACUCAGAGAAUAGAGAAGACCAGAUAGGUGAGGGACACUCAGAGAAUAGAGAAGACCAGAUAGGUGAGGGACACUCCGAGAAUAGAGAAGACCAGAUAGGUGAGGAACAAUCAAUGGAGGGAGAAGACCAGAUAGGUGAGGAAUCUUCAAGGGAGGGUGAGGAACAGUCAAUGGAGGUAGAAGAUCAGAGAGCUGAGGAACAUGGCAAUGGAGAAGGGACCAGUGGAGGUGAGGAACACCUGAAAGAAGGGAAGGUCCAGGGAAGUGAGAUACACGUAAAGGAAGAGGCAGUGGAGAUAGAACUUGGGGAAUAUGUGACACAUGAAAAGAAACAGGAGGAGGAAGGAGUUGAAAGGCGGAAUGAUGGUAAUAAAAAGAUAAGGCGAAAAGAUGGCAUUAAAAAACGGAGAGGAACAAGCCUUACAAGUGAUGUAGAAGAGAAAAAGAGAAGAUUUGAUGAGUUAUACCAGAGUGAUAAUUCUGUUUUAGAAAAUGUGGAAAAUCUAGCAAAUAAUUGGAAUCAUCAGAAAACUGUAACUUCACGCUCUCUUAGUAAUUUCCGUGUUGGGAGGAUACCUUUCACUGAGCAGGAAGAUGUGGCCAUAUUGACUUACAUAAGGGAUUUUGUACCAGCCAGGGGAACAGUGUCUGGUGUACGUUUAUGGCAAGAGAUGGAAGAGAUGAAAGUAGUAAAUAGAACUUGGCAGUCAAUGAAGCACCGUUACAAGAAAUACCUUGUGGAAAACCAGAGUUCUUACAUAUUGCCUGAAUCCAGUGGUUCCCAUCAGAAUAACGUUACCAGUAGUGUGGAGUUAUUUAGGAAAAAUAGUUUCAGAAACAGAAGUAUAUUAUUUAGUUCAUUUGACUUUUUAAGUCCUGAAAAAUCAAGCAUGGAAAAUGUCAGUCUAGAAUCUUCACCUGAGGCCCUGCGUCAAAAAGAGGGAACUAAUGUCAGCCGUCUCCAAGGUAAUACAGACCAUGGAGAUGCACAGCAAUCUUCUACACCUCUGAUAGGGGGCAGCAAUGAAUUGGUUAUGAUCAACAAAAAUGCUGAUGUAACUUCUAAUGGGGAUUCAGAAGAACUACACAUAUUUGAGAUUGCAAACAUGGAAUUUGAGGUUGAAGAUGAGCACAAAGUUGCCUUAAAACAGAGCCUGGGACUAAAGGAAUUUGUGAUGGAGAAUGACUCGAUAAGCCCUGAUAGUCUUACACAGGUGGAUGAGGUCUCUUCAAGUCCUGAUCUUUCUCAGGGUGAGAGUCUUCAGAAGGCCCUACAUGAUAUGAUGUCAGAGUUCAAGCUUACCCUAUGUGAUGUCACUCAGGCCCUUAUUAAGAACAAUGGUGAAGUUCUUUCCACUAAGUAUUUCCUGCAGACAGGGACUCGACCUGAUGGGUAUCCUAUUUGGGUACGAAAGGAUGAUUUGGACCUUAAGAAGGACGAUCCAACUUUUGUGGAAAGACUGGUGCAAAAAUAUGGUGCAGACAAUGUAGCCAAAAGAAUGGCUUUUCUGGCCAGCUGAAAAAGAGAACUGAGACUAAAAUAAAUACCUUUUUCUUUGAAGAGGACAAUUAGAGCAUUACAUUGCUGUUUUGUUUUCUGGCAGUGGUUUAGUUUAUAAAAUGAAGGUCCACCUUGAGUUCAAUCUGAAAGAAUGAGAAGUACACCAUAUCAGAGCUGUUGCUGGACUUUUUUUUUUAGUUGUUUUUGCUUUGUAACCAUAUAUGCAUAACAGUUGUUUAAGUUCAUAUUGUCACCAUUUUCUAUAGAUAUAUUUUCAAACUGUGCAUGGUUAGCCAUUUUUCAUCUAAUAUUACAGACUGACAGUCUCAGUAGUUGCUAUUAUCUGCUACCAUUGAGAGCAGUGUUGAAAGCUCUAGAUGAAAGGGACAAGGCUAACCUUUGGUACUGUAGGUACUGUGCACCAUGUUUCUCACAAGGCUCAGCUCAGACAGCUACUGUGUUUUGAAAGCUUACACAUCACGGAACUGCAGUGUAGGAAUUGUGGAUCUCAUUGACAUUCUGCUACUUUUAUUUAUUUACUUAGGAUUACUUUGAACAGAAGGCAGAGGGCGGGAUAUGCCACUUUUAUGUUAAGCUGUUGCAUUUAAACAGCACCAAAGACCACUGCAGACAGGGGGGGGGGGGGGGUUCAGAGCAUCACAGUUAAAUUUCCAUCCCAGGCAAUGUUGUUAGUCAGCCAGGCGCCCAAAGUGCUAAACUGUAUGUUAAAGGUAGUAAGUGGAACGGUUAGAAAUAGUGUCAAAGUUAGACGCUAGUCUGUGUGGUAUCUGGAACAUGCAUUUUCAAUAAUGGUGCUGCUGUAGAAACCACAAUUUAUACAAAAUACAGACUAAGGUGCUAUUCAUUAAUCUGUAUUUUGCAUACAUUUUGGUCUCUACAGUAGCACCAUUGCUGGGAAAUGCAUAUUCUGGGUGUGCCCCCAAUCCUGCCCCCGUUGCCUUUUAUAUUUAUUUGUUUACUUUUUUUUUUUUUGCUGAUCUGUAUGGUGACUUAGAUGUCUCUUCACCAAAAAGCUCCUCUGGGAAGCAAGCAAAUACGUCAAAAUGAGCUUAUGUCUCCAAUAAGUUCCCUAAAAGUCUGGCAAAGGUGUACAUAUAGGAUGUUUCUGUACUCUGUUGAUGAAACAGAAUUCAUACUUGGGGUCUUUGAAGUAGUAAAAGGCCCGGGAUAUUCACCAUUAUAUGUCACAUGUUUGUUUUUUGUUAAAUUAAAAUAAAUUCUUCCACUACAUUCAACAGAAA